CAUUGCUACUGCUACCAAUUAUUUAAUGAAGUUUACGUCUGUUCAUUGUCAAGAUAGUUCGUAAUUUUUUUAAAAACACUAUGUUAUUUUGUUAAGGUGUGAUUGACGAAAUAAUGUUUGAGAUGAGGCUCAAACGGUGUUACCUGGUGUGUCUUUUGAGUGUAUUGGCGACUCCUACAUUGAGCGUGUACACACCCUCAGUAACCAUACCAAGAAAACCCCAUCUAACCCCCGGAAUCAAAACCAGCGGUUGGAGAAACUCCCCAUCAGAAGACGUCCUGAUUCAUCACAACUACAGCCAUGUCAAUUACCAAAAUCCACCGGCAGGUAACGCCCUCACUGCAGCUCAAAUCUAUGAGAGCACCACGAAGAAGAUGUACCCCGUAUAUAAGCCGGAUGAAGGUCAAAAUCUUCCGCCGCCGAAUGUUUCUCGGCCAUCAGGCAACGAAAACCACCAGAAGGUUAUAGUAAGGGUGAAGAAACAGCUGCAGACCUAUGAGAAGUGUCCCCCUGGUAUGACAGGGCAACUUGUGUACUCUCUGUCCUGCAACCAGUUCCUCAACUGCUGGAAAGGAAGAACUUUUAUACAAAAUUGUGCUCCAGGUACCCUCUUCAAUCCAGACACCCUAAGCUGCGACUUCCCAGAGAAAGUACGUUGUAUAACAGGUCCAAGACGUACCAUCUACGAGGAACCCUCCCACACCCUAUACCCACGUCAGCUACAACCCAAAUGUCCUGAAGACUUUUCAGGGAGGAUACCAAACUACGGGAACUGCUCCAAGUUCAUAGUAUGCAUGCAAGGCAAAGCGAUGGCCCAAAUUUGUCCCCCUGGUACCUUAUUUGACACAAACAGGAACGUCUGUGAUUUUCCCAAAAUAGCCAAGUGCUUCAACGGCGAAAAUCGAGAUCAAUCUACACCAAACGUUGAUUAUUUUGUAGUCGGUCCAUCCAAUCAUGUCGCUGAACAAUAUAGACCCUCCAGACCUUCGUACUACCAGACGAAUUACGGCAAUGAAGCGUCCAACACUCGAUGUGGCGACAACGGAUGUCCCAAACAGUUCGCCACACACCCUCCAGAUGGGGGCGAUUCUGGUUACCUCCAAAAACCUCCCAGAAUACCCGCAAACAAUUGUAAUCCACCAUCGAAUUGCUACGCAUCUAAUCCUUCUCAACAACAGAAACCUUUGUUCACUGAAACAGCGAAUCCACCAGCCUUUGGAGAUCAGAGCAACAUAGCCAGUCAACCACCGCCUGGUAUGGUCCGAGAUCCAGUGACCUCGAAACUGUGGGGUUGUAAUCUCUUGACAUUGGAAUGCGUAGAUCCCCCGAGGUAUAUCUCAAAUGGGGGUAGAGAGGGAAAGAUAACAAGACCAAACAAAAACGUUCGAAUCAUCUCUAAUUGCAACCCUCAAUCAGCAAACUGUGGGGGGCAACCAAAUCAGAAUCUGCAACAUGUUAACCCCAUCCAACCGUCAUUUGGAUACAAUCAAGGAGGAUAUCGAGUCUAUUCCACUCCAAACAUACCUCCUCCAACUAGGAAACCCACAUUGUAUCAACCUCAAGCUCAGUGUCCACCAGGAGCUACUGGAGUCCAUCCACACCCUUACAAUUGCUCGCUGUUUUUGAACUGUGCCAACGGUCAAACUUUCGUCAUGAACUGUGGCCCAGGAACGUUGUUCAAUGAAGCAAUGAUGACUUGUGACUUCGAUUAUAACGUGGACUGUAACAGAAAAGGUGUUAGAGAACCUGAUGGAAAUGAUAUUAGGCCUUACACCACUCCAAGACCAACUCAAAGUACCACCAGAACAACCGAACGUGAAGACGUGUUCACAACCACCUACACAUAUUUAACUCCAGAUAAAAGUUACAUUCAGAGGGGGCAUUACAUCACCAGACCUCCGAAAUCUCAAAGUUUCCACCGAGAUUCCGAUUAUGAAGAUUUAGGUCCGAGUGGUCACGGUUUUUCAACGAGGAAACCUUUGAAACCUAUCCAGAACUUCGACCAAAACCUGAUUAACGACAACAAGAGGGAAACACCAAAGGCUUCUACUAAAACUUGGCCACCACCCUACCCAGCUACGGACACCAACGCAGACUAUGUUUUUGAGUACAUUGUCGAUAUGGAAUCAGAUUUGGGGGCACAAAACGCCAAUAAGAGAGAAGGGAAUGAUUGCACCAAGGACACGUUCAGCUGUGGCCCAUCCAAGUGUAUCACCAAAGACUUAAUUUGCAACGGAAUUCAGGAUUGUCCUGAUGCUAGAGACGAAAUUGGAUGCAACGUUUACCUGGACAAAUUUGAUGUUAAAAAGGAUACCAGGUUGGCUGUUACGGAAAAAGAAAGAUGGGACAACACCACAGCAACUUCUUGCGCCUACUUAUGCCUGGAAUCGAAGAAUUUUAGUUGCAAGUCAUUCAAUUACAGGAAAAUAGACAACUGCUGCCUCUUAUCGGACAAAAAUGAGGGAAUGACUGGAAGACUGAUGGCCUACCCUCCUAAUGACUACUACGAACUGAAGAGUUCCAAACUUGACUGCAGCAACAUGUUGAAAUGUGACAACAACAAAUGCAUCCAGAAAAGUCAAAUUUGUGACGGCCAAGACGAUUGUGGUGACAGAGAGGACGAAAAGAACUGUCCAGCGGAAAAAAUCGGCUACAAUAUCAGGCUGAAUGGUGGUAAAAAUCCUUGGGAAGGAAGAAUAGAAAUUUCUGCUUUUGGUCGGACUGGCUACGUGUGCGACGACAAAUUCGAUAUCAGAGACGCAAAUGUGGUCUGCAAAGAGCUGGGUUACCACUUGGGGGCGGCAGAGGUGAAGGGAAAUUCCGUUUUCGCCAAGGACGUUCCUCCAGAGAAAGUGUUCUACAUGAUGGAUGAUGUUAUGUGCUUAGGAAACGAAACGUCGAUCAGGGACUGCGAUUUCAACGGUUGGGGUUCUCAUGACUGCACUAACACAGAGGUUGUUGGAGUUGUGUGUAACGGUCUGCAAGACAAGUGUCCUGACUUAUUCUGGAAAUGCAAGGACACCAACGAAUGUGUACCAAUGGCCUUCGUCUGCGAUGGACCUGAAGAUUGCUCAGACGGCUCUGACGAAACCGAGGAAUUAUGUACGGCACCUGUUGAAGUCAGACUGGUCAACGGUACCACGAGAGCUGAGGGAAGGGUUGAAGUUAAGUACCAUGAUGUUUGGGGCAGUGUUUGCGACGACGAUUUCAACGAUGACGCCGCUAAAGUGGUUUGUAAGAGCUUGGGUUACAAGGGUACAGUCACAGUGAAGAAAGAUGCAUAUUUCGGUCAAGGUCAAGGUCCGAUCUGGCUAGACCAGGUGACUUGCUUUGGUAACGAGACCAAACUGGAGAAAUGCAGCCACUGGAAAUGGGGUGAGCAUAAUUGCGACCACAGCGAAGACGUCGGUGUCAUUUGCAGCAAUUCAGAUACUUCGGACAUAGAAAGACACGUCAAAAACCCUCAAGAAAUCAACAGUAGCUCCUAUACCACUGAUCAAUCUUAUCCAAUCUAUCCAUCCACUUGUGGCUUGAGAAAGAACAGCAUAUUCAGCGCAGAUAGCAACGUCCACUUCAGGGUAGUUCAAGGGUCAAAGGCUAAAGUUGGGGACUUCCCUUGGCAGGCUGCCAUAAGGGUCAAAGGACAACUUCGCGUGGCUCACUGGUGCGGAGCUGUCAUAAUAUCCUCGAAAUUCGUUCUAACAGCCGCUCACUGCCUGGUUGGAUACCCCAAAGGCGCCUAUAUAGUGGUAGCUGGCGACUAUAACGUGGUAGAAAACGAGGGAACUGAACAGCAUGCUUACAUAGAGGACUUUUAUAUCCACGAGGACUUCAGAAAAGGACACAAGAUGAAUAACGACAUCGCCCUGGUGAAACUGAAAGGGCAAGGGUUCAUGCUCAACCAGGACGUCCAAGCCUUGUGUCUUCCGGAAGGGGAUACUGACUAUAACGUCGAUCUGAACUGCACCAUUUCCGGGUUUGGUUCUAUUGAGAGCGGGGUGUCAGCUUUCUCGAACGAACUUAGAGCUGGAGAGGUUCCUCUUCUGCCAGAGACGGUAUGUAAGAUGCCUCACGUUUACGGAGAUUCUUUGACAGAUGGUAUGUUUUGCGCCGGUCAUCUGGAUGGUGGCACUGACGCCUGUGACGGAGAUAGUGGAGGUCCUUUGGCUUGCUUGGACAAUGGUCUCUUCACACUGUACGGGAUAACUUCGUGGGGACAUAGGUGUGGUUAUGCCAACAAACCUGGAGUUUAUGUGAAAGUUGCACACUAUAGAAAAUGGAUUGACGACACUAUGAGAAAGAAUGUAUAGAAAAUUUGUGUAGUUGUUUAUCGAGAUGUACUUCAAGAAGAGCAUAUUUUAGGCUUUAUAACAUAAUAAUUAAUAAUGAUUCUUUGAUUUUGAUAACAGAAUUUUGAUAAGUAUUGUACAUAAAGUAGGAAAAAUCAAGAAAAUAAAAAUAUGAUUCAAA